UUUGAAUGUAUUUGGCUGCAGGCAGAAAAGUCACUGAUCUGUUUUACAUUUGUAAAGGGGGAGCUUUUUCUGUGUAGAUGUCUUGCACACUGUAAAAAGCUAAAAUGUCUUUUACAGCCAACCUUUAUCUUCAUUGUCUCGAAAGAGAUCAGUUUUGAGGGGUAACACUUGGAUUGAAAAUUGAUCUCUUACAAGAUUGAUCAGACUCCCUAAGACCUCCUGUAAGUCCUUCUGCUCCCCGCACCCGCCCUGAGUCAAGAUUACAGUUCAGCCAGGUUUCUGUGAUUGUCUAGCAGGAAAGGUUGACUCCUCACUGCACUGUGAAAACCAUUAGGAAAAAAUCCUUGUGGUUAAAACCUGGGGCUCCACAGUGUUACCUGCACUUGGGGUAGAAAUUAAUUUAAAUGGCAACUGAUCUGUCUGAAGGUGAACCUGUGCAUCAUAAGGCACUUCCACUCUUAACGGGAGGUCAACUGAUCCAUGCGGACAAGUUAAGUGAGAAGGUUGAAGACACCAUGCCGAUCCGUCGUGCUGUGAAUUCUUCUGCCCGGGAAACUCCUCCCAAAAGCAAACCUGCUGAAGGUGAGGAGGCCAAACCAGAUCCUGAGGUCAGCUCUGAGGAAUCAGCCUCUACUGGAGAAGAGCAAGAGAAUGAAACUCCACCUGCUACAUCCAGUGAGACUGAGCAGCCAAAAGAACCUGAGACUGAGGGAAAGGGAGAAACAAAGUCUUCUGAAGAGGCCAAAAAGGACGAAAAGGAUCCAUCUAAAGAAAAGGAGAAGAAAGUGAAGAAGACCAUUCCAGCAUGGGCCACCCUUUCUGCCAGCCAAUUAGCUAGAGCACAGAAGCAAACACAAAUGGCUUCCUCCUCGCGCCCCAAGAUGGAUGCUAUUUUAACUGAGGCCAUUAAGGCAUGCUUUCAAAAAAGUGGUGCGUCAGUGGUCGCAAUACGUAAAUACAUCAUUCACAAGUACCCUUCCCUGGAGCUUGAGAGAAGAGGCUACCUUCUGAAGCAAGCUUUAAAAAGGGAGCUGGAGAGGGGAGUCAUCAGACAGGUGAAAGGAAAAGGAGCCUCUGGGAGUUUUGUGGUUGUUUCUAAUGCAGGGAAAACUGUUCCAAAAUCCAGAGACAGAAAGGGUGACAGCCUGCUUCAGCUGCGAACAGGCUCAUUAAAAGCAAAAAAACAGCAACAGGGAAGGAGAGGACAGACGUCAGGAGGAUUUGAAGAAAGAAGUACCUCUGCAUCCACUCCAGAGCAGCAGGUUAAGCUAGAAGACAUCCUUCCCCUGGCCUUUACACGCCUCUGUGAGCCUAAGGAAGCUUCCUACAGCCUGAUAAAAAAAUAUGUAUCGCAGUAUUAUCCCAAACUCAAGGUGGAUAUAAGACCCCAGCUGUUGAAGAACGCUCUUCAGAGAGCAGUAGAGAAGGGCCAGUUAGAACAGAUCACAGGCAAAGGAGCUUCUGGAACAUUCCAGCUGAAGAAAUCAGGGGAGAAGCCCCUGCUUGGUGGAACUCUGAUGGAAGAUGCCAUCCUGUCUGCUGUAGCGGCCAUGAACGAACCCAAGACCUGCUCCACUACAGCUCUGAAGAAGUAUGUCCUGGAAAACCACCCAGGGACCAACUCCAACUUCCAGGUGCACCUACUAAAGAGAACCCUGCAGAAAUGCGAAAAGAAUGGCUGGAUGGAGCAGAUCUCUGGAAAGGGCUUCAGCGGCACCUUCCAGCUUUGCUUCCCUUACUACCCCAGCCCAGGCGUGCUGUUCCCAGAAAAGCAUCAAGAGGAGGCAUCUGAUGAAUCUGAGGAGGAGGAAGAGGAAUCGGAGGAAGAGGAGGAAUCGGAGGAGGAAGAGUCUGAGGAGGAAGAGCCACCUCCAAAAAAGAGGAUGCAGAAGAGACCCCCUCCAAAAUCCCGGAGCAGAGCCCCUCCAGUAAAACGAAGAGAGUCCAAGCCCAAGCCAAGGAAAGUACCUGCAGCCCGCCGGGGGAAACCCAAGCCCCCACCAAAGGUCAAAAUCCCUGCCAGGAAAGCCAGACCAGCAGCCCCAGCCAUCAAGAAACCCUCUGGCGGCAAUACUUCCAAGAAACCAGCAGCAAGUGGGAGAAAGGAAGUGAAAUCUCCCGCCAAGGGCAAAUCUACCAUAAGGAAAUCUCUCCGGGCAAAAAAGUAAACUUUUCCAAUGUGUCAGGGAAUCCCAUGGUCAGAUCCAUAAUAUUGUUUUAUAAUGUCAAUGUGCAUUUGUAUUUUAGUUCUGACACUUAAACCUUUCUUUAAUUUUUUUUUUUUCUUGAGUGAUGGGGGAAAGCUGAAAACUAAGUCAAAUCAACCCAAGCAUUUCAGUUAGGUAUAGAUGCUGUGCCUCAUGCCUCCUUCCCUAAAACAAGUCAUCUUUAGUUUCUGCAAUAAUUUUUAGGACUUUUCUAGACCAUAUAAUCUGUACAUUUUAUGGUGUUUGGUUUGAUUUUUUUGGCUUUUUUUAAACCUUGUUCAAAGAAGAUUUUUAUAUCUUUAGACAGCAGGAACAGGAUGAUUGGAGAAAUGUAACUGUAGUGGAAAGUUAAAACUGCAGUAGCUUCCUCCUUAGAUUUCCUGCAUGGUGAUACCAAGGUUCCUAAUGCUUCUGUGGAGAAGCAAAACAUGUACAGCGCUCGCACUGACUUCUCAAGCUGCUUUUCUCUGCUUGGCCAUUGCAAUGAUAUGCAAAGGAGAAUGUCUGUCCGGCUCCUUCAGACCAGCAAGUUCCCCUUGAUAAGUCAGGUCUUCAGCAAACGGUGAAUGCAAAAGGUUCUGAUCCUCUGACUUCAAAGGGAUCCCAGAAGGGGCAACUUUCAGUUAGCUGGGUUGUUGCGAUUUGAGUUAGUGAUUCCAUCCCUCAUCUGUUACCUAAAAACCAAAAUAUAUAAAAGUCUUCUUGAAUCCAACUUUGAAAUGUGUUUUUAAAAGAUGAAGAUCCUGAGUUUUGUCACUUCUUGUUUACCCUUUUUUAAAGAAAAGCUGGAGUUACACAGUUGCUAAUGUAGAGAUGUUAAGUGAAAAACAUGCAGUUUGCUAAAAUAAAAUGCAAUUAGAUUCCAGGCC